AUGGAUAAGUCGUGGUGUCCAAUUGAGGCUGAACCGCUCAGAAGUGUUGACGACAGUCACAAUCAGACCGAAGGCACAUCAUCACCUCUUCCUCUGAUAGUUACGCCACUUCAAACCAUCACACCAUUCGAGGACUCCAACACAGAGUCUUUGGCUUCUGAUGCUGGUCCUAGUACUGGUCUUGUCAAAAGAGGACGUGAUCGACCAAAAGGUUCAAAAAACAUGAAGAUAAGCAUGAAGAAGCAGAAAACUUAUGCUACCAACAGCAAAGUGGUUACAUCAAACCGAAAUUUUAAUUCGGGGAUAACGGAAGCAGAGAGAGAAACUGGAAACCAAGAGGUGGUUGAUUCGGUUUUGAUGCGGUUUGAAUCGGUUAGACGUCGGUUAUGCCAACUAGACUACAAGAAAAGUGUGCUUACAACAGCACUCAGUAAUUGUAUGAACUUGGGUGUUAGGACGAAUAUGAGAAAAAGAAUUGGCCCGGUUCCUGGAGUUGAAGUAGGUGAUAUCUUCUACUUUUGGGGUGAAAUGUGUUUAGUUGGACUUCACACGCAGAUGGUUGCUGGCAUCGACUAAACGGUUAAAGACGGCACAACAGAAUGCCCUCUAGCUACGAGUGUUGUAUCAUCAGGACACUACAAUGAUGAAACAGAGGAACUCGAAACUUUAGUAUAUACUGGGCAUGGUGGAACAGAUAAGAAUGGACAAGCUAUUGAUCAGAAACUUGUUAGAGGGAACCUUGCAUUGGAAGCAAGUAAAAAUAAAGGGAAUGAGGUUAGAGUGAUCAGAGGCGAAGAAGACCCCAACGACAAGAAAAAGAAAUUUUACAUCUACGAUGGACUGUACGUUGUAUCUGAAUACUGGACAACAAAAGGGAAGUCCGGUUUUCAAGAAUACAAAUUCAGAUUGGUGAGGAAACAAGGUCAACCUCCUGGCUAUGCGAACUGGAAGUCAGCAGAAAGAUGGAGAAAAGUUGGUUCAAAUAAUUCAAAAAAGGGUUUUAUACUUGCAGAUCUUUCUCUUGGAAGCGAGGCAUCAUCACCGGUUUCACUCGUGAAUGAAAUCAAUGAAAAUGACAAAGAGAGACCUGAAGAUUUCAGCUACACCAACAAUCAGCUAUUUGUAAGUAGGACGAUUGAUCUGCUUCAUAGAUCUAUCGGAUGCAAUGAUUGCUUUGGCCAGUUAUGCUCCAUCCAUGAAGAUACAAACUGUUAUUGCAUCAAGAAAAAUGGCGGCAAGUUACCGUACCUCGACAGGAUUUUAGUAUAUCGUAAACCGAUGAUCUACGAAUGUGGUCAUUCAUGUGCUUGUCCUCCUGAAUGCAAACUCAAAGUAACUCAAAAUCUUCUGAAAGUUCGCGUUGAAGUGUUCAAGACAGAGAAAUGUGGCUGGGGAUUACGUUCGUUGGAGCCGAUCCGAGCAGGAACUUUUAUUUGUGGGUUUGCUGGUAUGCGUAAGAUGAUACAAGAAGUAGAAGAGGAUGAUGAGUACGUGUUCGACACUUCUCGUGUUUUUAAUCCAUUCAGGUGGAACUGCGAACCGGAGCUCGUGGGAGAAGAUUGUUGGGAACAAACCUCUGAGGUUUAUAACAUCAAGUCGCGAUUGUUGAUCAGCGCAAGAAAGGAUGGAAAUGUGAGCCGGUUCAUGAACCACAGCUGUUCACCGAAUGUGAUGUGGCAGCCCAUUGAGAGUGAACAGAAUCAUGAGUUGUGUAUUCGCAUUGCAUUUUUUGCGAUGAGGCAUAUUCCUCCGUUGACUGAACUGAGGUACGAUUAUGGAAUGUCUGAAGAGAUUAAAGAAAAAGAUGGGACCAAGACUUUUAAAGGCAGAAAGAUUUGUUUAUGUGAUUCAAUCAAAUGUCGUGGCUCUUUUGGGUGA